AUGCUUACACCAUUCACUCAUAUUUUUCGUUCGGUUGCGGGGGUAAUCAGUAAGAGGCACACCAAGACCCACACGCUCUGCCGGCGAUGUGGAAACCGCGCGUUCCAUAAACAACACAAGACCUGUGCCCAAUGUGGAUACCCUUCUGCUAAGCUGCGUUCGUAUGAGUGGGGACAAAAGGCUAAGCGCCGAAAGACGACUGGCACGGGCCGCAUGCGCUACCUCAAGACCGUCGCCAGGCGAUUCAAGAACGGAUUUAGAGAAAACACCGUCGCCAAGAAGCGCACCGUAAAAACCACGGAGGCAUGA